GUCAGCCACAGUUUCUUCACUGGGCAUCAGCGCAGACACUGGCCUUGGAUGUGCAACCCUCUGUCUGUGCAAGGGGAAGAAAGGCAGGAAGGCACGCAGGUAAAAGGCUACUUCAGGCCACCAAGGAAGGAUGUGGGCUUAUACUGUUGGCUUUACUGUCCUGCCUCACGUUGGAGGUUUCCUUGGCUGGUUCAUGAGUCAAAAAUACAUACCAGUUUGGUAUGAGAAACUGAAAAAGCCUUCCUGGUGUCCUCCCCUGAAAAUACUGCCUGUUACUUGGACCGUCCUGUACACUGGCAUGGGCUACGCCUCCUACCUCAUAUGGAAUGACCUGGGUGGCUGCAACAGCAAAGCGGUCCUCCCGCUUGGCCUCUAUGGGGCUCAGCUGGUCUUGUGCUGGACUUGGCCUCACAUAUUCUUUAGGGCACAUAACCUGAAGAUGUGGCCAUAACUUAAUACCCGUGGGCUCAAGAAGAUGGCCGAGAAGCAGGAGGAGCCCAACAACACCCAGAAUGGGGAACCUGACAACGCAGAAGAGGGGGAGGAAAAGAAGAAGAAGAAGCUGAGGAGGGAAGACCUGCCACCAUUUGAGAUUGUGACAGGCGCCUCCCCAGCCAUCUUCUUCAAGUUCCAGUUCAGGAACGUGAAUACAGCUCCGGCUCGGAACAAAACCUUCCUGUGUUACGUUUCUAGACCCGAAGGCAAAGAGUCGGUGACUUCCCGGGGUUACCUGAGGACGAGCACAGCGGCUGCCCAUGCGGAAAUGGCUUUCUUCAACCCAUCCUCCCCAAGUGCGACUCCAUCGCCUCCGCUACAGAACAUCACCUGGUACGUGUCCUCACCCUGCGUGACCUGCGCCGAGCGGAUACUCGAGACCUUGAAGAAUAACAAGAACCUGCGCCUGACCAUCAUGGUAGGCGUCUCUUCAUGUAGGGAAGAGCCGAGAUGCAGCGGCCCUGAAAAACAUGAGUCAGCCGGUUGCAAGCUGAGGAUUAUGAAGCCGCAAGACUUUGAGUAUGUGUGGCAGAACUUUGUGGAACAGGAGGAAGGAGAGGAAGCAAAGGAUUUCGUGCCAUGGGAGGACAUUCAAGAGAACUUCAAUUAUUACGAGGAAAAGCUGGCUGAGAUUUUGCACUGAAGCUCACGACCAGUCCAGAAAAGCUCUAUAAAGAGAGAUGCAACAGACUUGGA